AUGGCAGAGACUGAGGACAUGGCCGGCACUGCAGAGACUGAGGGCAUCACAAAUACUGACACCACUGCCACUCUGAGUCAGGAACUCAUUGGGGACUAUUUUAAGGAGCCCUGUGUUUCUUCCCAGCCAAACGUGCCAGCCAUGGUGAAAAGCAUCCACCAGAGUCUCGUGUCCCAUGCCACUGUGGGUGUCAGGCUGCGCACUGACAUUUGGAGGCUGGCUGGAGAACACCCUGCUGACGUGGUGCUGACCCUCCUGCGCUGUGCCCCAACGUGUGACAGCCUUUUGGAGCUGCUGGGUGAUGCAGAUGGAGAGGUGGUUGGCAUGAGCCUCCACGUGUUCACCAAUGUGCUCCAGGACCAAGACAUCCUGAUAUCCAGCACCACCGCCCUGAAGCUGGCCCAGGCACUCCUGGCCUUCUUUGACAACAUGUUCUUCUUCCUGCUCAACCUGGCCCUCACUGACCUGGGCUCCAUCUGCACCACUGUCCCCAAAGCCAUGCACAAUUCCCUCUGGCACACCAACAACAUCUCCUACUCUGCAUGUGCUGCUCAGGUGUUUUUCUUUCUCUUCUUCAUUUCAGCAGAGUUGUCCCUCCUGACCAUCAUGUGCUACGACCGCUACGUGUCCAUCUGCAAACCCCUGCACUAUGGGACCCUCCUGGGCAGCAGAGCUUGUGCCCACAUGGCAGCAGCUGCCUGGGCCAGUGCCUUUCUCUAUUCCCUGCUGCACACAGCCAAUACAUUUUCCCUGCCCCUGUGCCAUGGCAAUGCCCUGGGCCAGUUCUUCUGUGAAAUCCCCCAGAUCCUCAAACUCUCCUGCUCACACUCCUACCUCAGGGAACUUGGGCUCAUUGCUGUUAGUGUCUGUUUAGCUUUUGGUUGUUUUGUGUUCAUUGUUUUCUCCUAUGUGCAGAUCUUCAGGGCUGUGCUGAGGAUCCCCUCUGAGCAGGGACGGCACAAAGCCUUUUCCACCUGUCUCCCUCACCUGGCUGUGGUGUCUCUGUUUAUCACCACUGGCACAGUUACCUACCUGAAGCCCCCCUCCAUCUCCUCCCCAUCCCUGGAUCUGGCCCUGUCAGUUCUGUACUCGGUGGUGCCUCCAGCCCUGAACCCCCUCAUCUACAGCCUGAGGAACCAGGAGCUCAAGGCUGCAUUGUGUAAACUGAUGACUCAAGGAUUUCAGAAACAUUAA